CGGUACAGAUACAGUAUACCAGUUUUCGACUUUUCGUCAAAGGUUUCCAUAUUUUGUGAAGUUUUAAUUUUAAAAAGUAAACUCUAUUUCUGGUUUAAAUCUGGUUUAAAUCGAAUGUUUUUUAUAUUUUAGUGCAAAAUAUUUAUAAAUUUUUUCUAGAUGUGUGUCAUCCUGAUGUGUUUAAAGUUUAAAUUUUUAAAGGCUGAGAAAUACAAAAUGUGAGAGACUUGGACGAACGGGCACUUCAGUACUUAACGUGCUGUGAAUCCCGUGAUCAUGAACAAGCAGCCUGAUAAGGCGUCUGCAACUCCGCGUCUUUUCGACAUUUUCAAUCUCGCACCUAACCAUGCCCCCGCUAAACGAGCGAAGGAUGAUUUCGAAGAGGAUGAUCGAUGGGGGAAUUUUAGUGAUUAUAUGGCUGCCAAGAAGCGCAAGUUGCUGGAUCAGUUUCACGGAGAUGCGCACUACGCGAAGGCAGCCGCGCAAAUGCAAGGUGCUAGUGAAAUCUUCAAGGGAGUCGCCAUUGCUGUUAACGGUAUCACCAGUCCCCCCUCCGACGAGUUAAAGCGCCUUAUGAUGCUGCAUGGAGGCACCUUCCAUUUGUAUCAGAGUACCAACACCACACACCUUGUGGCCACUAAUCUGCCGUUUACCAAAAUCAGGCAGCUGCGCGACGAAAAGGUUGUUAAACCCGAGUGGAUUGUGGCGAGUGUAAGGGAAGGCAGACUGCUGCCGUGGGAGGAUUUUGAGCUGUACCCCAAAACAGAUCCUCUGCGCGCUUCCAACAGCGGGAAAGCGGAUGCACGAAAGGAUGAAAGUGCCAAAAGUAAGUCUGCUGCUACUCUCCGGAUUCUGUCAAGAGAACCUUUGGAAACUUGCAACCGCACUGAUGAUGUCCCUGGAAGUAUUGUUGCAAAUCCCAGAAAGGAAACAGUUGCUCACAAAGCCGGUGAUGCGAAUUAUCUGCAGCAGUUUUAUGCCCGUUCGCGUCUGCACCACCUCUCCAUGUGGAAGACCGAAUCUAAAGAGCUAGUCCGCAGCCUCCAACAAGCUUCCGACCGAACGUUUUCCGGUCGCCAGCGCCUGCGAGAAAUGUACUGCUUCCGUGAAUCCGUUGAUUGCCCGACGGUUAUCAUGCACAUCGACUUUGACUGUUUUUUCGUCUCCGCCGGGCUUAUUUCGCGUCCGCACCUGGUCGGUCAACCUGUUGCAGUUUGUCAUGCCCGCACCGGCCACGGGAAGGUGUCCGAAGGCGAUGAGGAGUUCAACUCCCGUUCAGAGGUGUCUUCUUGUAAUUAUGAAGCAAGAAAGGCGGGUUUGAAGAAUGGGAUGUACCUUGGAAAGGCCAAGCAGCUGUGUCCAAAUUUGGCGACGAUACCGUAUGAGUUCGAAAGGUAUAAAGCGAUAUCCACCGUCUUUUACCAAAUUAUGGCCAGUUUUACACUGGAUAUCGAAGCAGUUAGCUGUGAUGAAAUGAUCGUUAAUUGUACGGAUAUUUUGCGGGAGACUAAAGACGCCGGGGAAUUCGCUGCUUUUGUGCGCUCAGGAAUUUACGAAAAAACCGGUUGCCACGCAUCGGCUGGACUGGGGGCUAAUCAGUUAAUCGCGCGUUUAGCCACGAAAAAGGCCAAACCGAAUGGUCACCGUUAUGUUCCCGACGAAGAAAUUACUGCUUUCAUGGCCGACUUUCCUGUGGACGAUCUUCCAGGUGUCGGCUAUAGUGCAUCGGAGAAAUUCCAAACUUUGCAACUGAAAACUUGUGGGGAUCUAAGAAAAGUCAGCUUGAAUGUGCUUCAAAAAGAAUUUGGAAAAAAGAAUGGGCAGAAAUUCUACAAUUUUGCACGAGGGAUGGACGAUCGAGAAGUCCAGAAUAAACUGCUUCGAAAGUCGGUUUCUGCCGACGUUAACUACGGAAUUCGUAUGAAAACCGUCGAUGAAAUGGAAAAGUUCCUGCAGGAGCUUGGUCAGGAAGUACGACGGCGUCUGCAGCAGGCCGGUGUGAUUGGGCAGACAAUCACGUUAAAACUGUUGGUCCGCCAUCCGGAUGCACCAUUCGAGCCGCCCAAAUUUAUGGGGUGCGGACACUGCAACGCCGUCAACCGGCUCUUUUUUACGUGCGACUACAAUCUAUUGAUCCAGGCAUCCGAUUCGGCGGACGUCGUUGCACGUGAAACGAUUGCCUUGUUUAAGAAAAGUGCGGUGGAUGUCAAGGAAGUGCGUGGGAUUGGAAUCAUGAUCACCCGCUUGACGGAAGUCAAGAAAUCAGAUUCAGGAUUCAUCGAAGGAGGUCAGGGUCGAUUUGGCCGCGGUGGAGAGAUGGAUCAUGUCAGUGCAUUGCCAGGGUCUCCGGCGAUGUUUUUGGAGGCUGAUCUCGAUGAUGAAGGCUUUGACGAAGCUGGUGAAAGCGCUCCUCCGGCAAGCGCAGCAGACGAAGUGCAGUCCGUUAUUACGGUGCACCCAUUUCCUAAAAUGCCGGUCGAUAUGCCAGCUGUUGUAGAAUCUAAGAAACCAGGUGCACCGUUGGACUUAGUAACGGAAGUUGGCUGGGACCGUGUGUGGAGCAUUUUGGCUGCCAGAUUUGCUUUAGUUUUGGAUAGCAGGAAUAAAAGUUCGUGCGCUGGUGACCGUAAACCUAUCCUGCUAAACGAAACGCUGUUGAAGAAAUUGUGCUGCGGCGAGGAAAGUAUCAGUGAAGCCAUUCUAUCAAUAACAUCCCAAAAAGAACUUAGCGCCCCGGAGUUGCCUUCGGCGAAUAUUUCCGAUUCUUCCAGUUCUUCAGGCAACAAGGUACCGUUAACGCAGCCGAAAACUUCGACAAACAAUCAAAAAGAAGCCACUGAUCAUUGUGACAAAUCUAAAGCGGACCUGGACCGACCGGCUGCGGCCGUAUUCAAAGAAAUGCUGGAUGAUGUUGAAUGCAAGUUCUGGUUUAAUUAUUUCGACAUUCCAGAAGAGUAUGGUAUGACAAAAUUUCCGCCAUCCAUGUACGGUGCAACGCUGUGCUACCUGGAUGAACCGUUCGUUAUUCGCUAUCGACAGGAAAAAAAGACGAAAAUCACACCGCGGAUUAUAUGGGCAACCUGGCAGCUGAAUUCAGUGUGUGCCCCGGAAUUUUUGGAGAAUUGCUUUUAUGAGUUGCGCGUUGUUUGGCGGACCAAAACAGCAGACUUUAGAUUUGGCUCCUGUCACGACAACUCAAGCGGAAGGUCAAAAGAUAGUCCCAUUGACUGUCAGAGGCAUCCCUGCCGAAUUGCUCAGAAAUGGCGGGAUGGUGCAAAUGUGUCUACGGGUAAAAACACCGCCCAAAGAGAUUCCUUUGCUCAAGUCAGGCGUUAUAUUGCGCUGCCCAGUCCAUCUCAGGUUGACACAAGCGUGCUGACCAGCUUGCCCGAGGACAUUCUGGAUGAAAUCCUCGUUGUCUAUCAGAAAAAGAACGAAAAUCCACCGCGGCAAGCUCAACAACAGGACGAGAGCGUCAAGCGAGCCGUUGCCCUGGCGAAACCUAAAAAACCGAUCCAGACGACCGUAGUGCGGAGAACGAACUCGCGACGAAAAAUCAAACCUGUCAUAUCCGGCCAGCGUUCCUUAGAUGGUUUUAUUCAGACUCGUAAAGCCAGUUUAUCCCAGCCAACGGAAAAGCCCAAAGAGGAGCACAAGGAGAAACUGGGAGAUGAUGUGCUGGAGUUAUCCAUGACAGAGACGGUACCGUCCCGAACGCCGUGCACGUUGUUUGGAGUUAGUGACGACGCCGACGUUCAGGCUCUGCUGGGCGAACUGAGCGCAUCGUCAUGCAUGGAUGCUGACCUGCGCUAUGCAAUCAUGUGUUUCGUGGAUGAAUUAUGGGAAUAUGAGUAUUUCUGCAAAGUGGACGCUGUGAUGAAAUCUUGUUUUAAUGUCAUUGGCAGAUUGAGCGGGGCAAAGAAGGAUGGAUGGAUUGCCAUGUAUGAAGAGCUGCGCGAGAAGGUACAUAUGAAAUCCAGAGAAGAGUUUUUUGGCAGCACUCUGGUUAUUGAAAGCUUCAUUGAAUAACUGGAUUCAGCGGUUAUAAAUAACGUUUCAAAUUUUGUUUUUUUUAAGUUUACAAUUUGCAGUUUGUACAGUUUCCGGUUUUUCUGUGUGAGUUGUGCGAAAUGACAACCUCUUUAAGUUAUACUGUAUAUGGAAAUUAAUUUAUUCUGUUGUUUACACCGCCGCUGCUCGCAGCCGAUGGCUAGUAAAAAACUUAUACCAAUAUGUAAAAGAUAAGUCGAUCGUUGUAUGCUCUCGGUUGGUCUCCUCACUCUCGUGUAACCGCCACCGCAGCGUGUCUAAGUAUUCACGAAUCUUAAUGCUUCCUGUUGUGAAAUGUGCACAGAAUGUAAUAACAACCUGU